AUGACCCAUGGUUCCUGCCUCCCAGGGCUGUGUCUGAGCUGGAGAAUCAGCACCCAGAAGUGUGAGUCCUCCCUUCACUGCCCCAGGGUCACCCUCGAGGUCCCCAGGAGGUCAACACCACUGGGAAAACUGGGAGUGGGUGGGGCUGUUGCUGGUGGGAGGGGGCUGGGGAGGGGUCCUUCUGGAAACUCAGGUUCUGAUUCCCUUCCAGAGGCACUGACCAGGCCCAGCAUCUGGGCAGAGCCCGACUCCAGGAUUCCAGAGGGGAAGCCGGCAGCCAUCUGGUGCCAGGGGCUCCCCGGGGCCGAGGAGUACCAGCUGCGCUCCGAGGGGGGCCUCUCUGCCUGGGGGAGACCUGAGCAACCCAGAGGGAGGGGCGGAGUCCGGUUCCCCAUCGCGGCCAUGACCUCGCGCACUGCAGGGCGCUACCGCUGCUUCUGCCCCAGCGGGGAGCUCUGGUCAGAGCCCAGCAAGCCCCUGGAUCUGGUGGUCACCGGUGAGUCUGCCCGCUGCCAUGCAGUGAUGGGGGCAGGUGGCAGCCCCAUCGGGCCACGCUCUGCAGGUGUCAGAACGGGGGCUGCUUCCUCUGGGAGGAGCCUGUGUUGCAGGGGUGGAGCCUGGGAGGCAGGAAGACACCAGCCACCUUCACAUGCAGGAAUGUACGACACGCCCACCCUAUGGGUUCAACCAGUGCCCAAGGUUACCUCAGGAGAGAAUGUGACCUUCUACUGCCAGCUAGAGAUGGUGACCAACACUUUCUUCCUGCUCCAGGAAGGCCGGCCCAGCCACACACAGGGCAGCCAUGGGGCGGUGCCAGCGGAGUUCCCCAUGGGCCCUGUGACCUGGGCACACACAGGCACAUACAGGUGUUUUGGCGCAUAUAGCGGCCAUGUGUGGUCCUUCCCCAGUGAGCCCAUGAAGCUCAUGGUCACAGGUGAGGAAGCUCCCAGUUCCCAUGUCCUCCCUGGGCAUCUAAAGAAACCCCAGGGUCCUGUCGAAGGGACAUCCACCCCAGAGUGCCAGGGAAGGAGAAUGUAGGGAGCAGAGGAAGCCCCCAGCCCCAACCUGUCCUCUUCAUCUCCGUCUCCAGAUGUGGGAGACCCCAGUCUGGAACCCACAGACCCCGCCCCUGCUCCUGGUGAGUAGCUUGCUCCUCCAUACUUGGGAGAGCUGGAGCCUUCCUGUGUGUGCCCGUGGUUGCCGUGGGCUUCCCCGCCUGCACAGUGCAGUGCAGGUGCCCCAGGUGUGGUGGUGUUCAGUGCCCACAGUCCGCUGGCAGUGAAACCCACACCCGACCUCUCAUGCUGGUCCAUAUGCAGAACGCAUGUGCACUAGGGACAUGAUGAGAAGUUACCCAGAGCUUGUGUCUCUGGGGCCCGUGACACGCAGGGAAUCUUGUGUUUAAGCAUGAACACAGUCUCCAGGAGACCUCACUGUGUGUAUGGGAAUAUUCCAAAUCCCAGGACAAGCCCAUCUGGAGCACUUACUGUCCCUAGCAUUUUGGAUAAGGGACGGGCAACCCAUACAGCAGUGCCCGUCAACCAGAAAAACCUCCUGGUCUCUGGGGCACAAGCAUUCCGGCCAGAGUGGAUGGAGCAUCCAUGGGUGGGUGUUGGGAGAGAGAAAUGUGUUAUAUGAGGGCAGUUCAGAGAGCUCAUGGAAAGUGCAGGGGUAAAAGGACUGGGCCAUCUUCUGCUGCUUUCCCAGGCACAUUAGCAGGGAGCUGGAGAGAAGUGGAGCAGCGGGGACUCGAACCGGUUCCCAUAUGGGGUGCUGGUGCUAUAGGCGGAGGCUUUAGCCCAUUACACCACAGCGCUGGCCCCAUAAACUUCUCUUUUAACUCCGUGUCCUGUGAAGUUUUAGAAGCCCCCUGGCAUCGCACACAAGGACCGCUGGUGACCUGGAAGGGGGACCCUGGAGGGCUAAGCAGGGUCGCCUGGCUGGGCACACGCAGGAGACAUCUGGGUGAACACUGGCCGACUGAGCCCGUUAGUCGAUUGGUUCUCAGAACGAAGAGAUUUCCAUAAAGAGAGGGGGCGACCCAGCAGUGCCGGAAGUCAGGAAAGGGACCCGGUGACAAGGGACUGGGCAGGAGGCUGGUGGGAGGGGGUGGCUCAGGACACCCAGGGGACCGCCAGGCUUUGGAUUUGACGCCGUGUGUGGAGAAAGACCCGCAUGAGGGGGGCGCAGAUCCCCAGUCGGUGUGCGAUACGCAUGCGCAAUAGUACAAUGCCAGCUUCUGCCUGGGGUCUGGGGGCCCUGCCCGUGGGGUGAGGCCGCUGGGACCCCUGUGAGGUGUGGGGUGGAGAGGCUGGGUGGGCAGAAGCCAAGGCCGAUCCUCCCUUCCCACAGCAGGCUCUCGGGAACCCCGUCUUGGAACCACAGUGUCCAGAGUCCAGGACGCCCCAGCCGCCUGGGAUCACACCGCCCAGAACCUCCUGCGGAUCGGCCUGGCUGUCCUGGUCCUGGUGGCUCUGACGUGGCUCUUGGCUGAAGACUGGCUCUGCAGGUGGAGGACCCAGGAGGGAGCUGGCCGUGCCCAGGCCGGCAUGGACUGCGACGUCUGUGCUGUGCCGCAGAGCGGGGUCACCUGCACGGAGUGGGGUGCGGGGGUGGAGGUGACGGCCUGCUGAGGCAGAUCUGCUCCUUGGUGUGUGCACCUGCUCGGCCACCACUGCCCCACUCUGGUCUCCCCUGACAAAGCAAACAGCCCUGUCCUCCAUAGCAAGGCUGCGGCUGAAACUUCACGCACACUCGGAGCACAGUUUGGGUUUCCAUGAACUAUUUGAUGUCGCUUCAGGGCUGCUUCCCGUCGUGGGCUUUGUCCUGAUCUCUCCCUCCCUUGGCCUGUAGGAUGCCCCCCCAAUCUCUUUCCCGCCGCUGUACCCGAGUGGCACAGGCUGGGUGACAGACAGAGGCUCAUUUCUGCUACCCUGGAAGUCCAGUGAUGAUCACCCAGGGCGAGGGAUGGACCAAGGCACUCCCUGAGACCGGGGGCUUCCCUCCUCCCCUCGUGCUGAGACCACAGCUCGGGACCCCAGACCUGUCCUCCAGGGCCCUUUGUGCCCAAUGAGGUGGGGAAGGGAGUUACCUGGUGGCCCUGGAGUCUGCAGCCCUGGCACAGCCCAAGUGCCAGAGCUUCUCCCACCCCGGCUGGGUCUCACCGACAGUGGUA